AUGCGGGGCGCCGUCCCACCAAUUUGGCUCAGAAGAUAUCCACCCUACAACCUACUCAGUAUCCUGCCUCCGACCCACUCCUGGUAUACAGUCCUAGAUCUAAAAGACGCCUUCUUCUGUUUAAGGCUGAGUCCUCAGAGUCAACCCCUCUUCGCAUUCGAAUGGAAAGACCCGGAACUGGGAAUAUCAGGCCAGUUGACCUGGACCAGACUGCCGCAGGGGUUCAAAAAUAGCCCCACCUUAUUCGAUGAGGCCCUUCACCAGGACCUGGCCGACUUCUGGCCACCGGACCGCUGGUUGUCCAAUGCCCGCCUAACUCACUACCAGUCCCUUCUCCUGGACGCGGACAGGAUCCAGUUCGGACCCGUGGUGGCCCUCAAUCCUGCGACUCUCCUGCCCAUCCCUGGAGAGACACCAUUGCACGAUUGCCACCAGAUCCUUGCGGAAACACUUGGGACACGACCUGACCCAACCGACCAGCCCAUGAAGGAUGCAGACCUGACCUGGUACACAGAUGGCAGUAGUUACCUGCGGAAUGGGGAACGACGGGCAGGAGCUGCCAUCACAACCGACUCUCAAGUUGUAUGGGCGAGUGCGCUACCAGGAGGCACUUUGGCACAGUGGGCUGAGCUAAUCGCCUUAACCCAGGCCCUCCAGCUGGCAGAAGGCCCAUCUGCAAGCCCUGCAGCUAGUACAACACGAGGUCUGGAAACCUCUGGCAGCCAGCUAUAAAGAAAAUCUUAACACCCCAUCACAACCCCAUCCCUACAAAAUCGGGGAUAGCGUUUGGGUCCGCAGGCAUCGAGCUACAAACCUCGAACCCCCUUGGAAAGGACCGUAUACGGUACUCCUGACGACACCCACGGCGCUAAAGGUUGACCGGAUUGCAGCUUGGAUCCACGCCUCCCACGUAAAGGCAGCGCACCAAGAAGAGCAGGCUGAGUCUCGCCAGGAGUCCGCUGCUCCCCAUCCAGAUUCAGAAUGGACCAUCCAACGCUCCCCAAAUCCACUAAAGAUAAGACUCGUUCGCCACUAGUUAUAUUUCUUUGCUUACUCCCUCUUUUUUCCCCUAUAAAGGGUACCAGUCCACAUCUCCCCAAGCA